AUGUCUUACUGCUGCUUCCGGUACUUGGAUAAAUCUUGCUUAUUCUGUAGGAUAAUAGAAAGAAAUGAAGGAAAAUUGUGUGGCAUACUUGAGAACCCGAAGUACGGCAAGUUCAAAGACAACACAGAGAUAUUCCACACUUACAGCAAACUGUUUGGUGACACUCAGGACUCCACGAAGUAUGCUUUAACACCGACUAAACUUUCCCAACGCGGUCUUUAUUUGAGCUCGGAUAGUGACGCAGAAGAUCGUUACGAUACAGUGCCAAUCAACGCAGAGACAACAGACUCGAGUGAAAGGCCUGUAGACAGCAGAGUGCACUCCUCCAUGAAUAUUUCCCUCAGCCGAAGUGGAGAGAAGCGUAAAGGUAAGCAAUCAAAAGGGAAAGGAAAGAAGAAGAAGUUUAGAGCGAGGGAGGUUUCCGAAUCUGUUGACAACUUGGUGACUGUGUCAAGGGAAUUCACCUCUGUCCUUCGGUCUAGAGACAAAGGUGUGAUGACAAUUUCAGAGUGCGUGAAGGACUUGCUUUCAACAGGCCUCGUACAGAGUGGUGACGAGCUUCAUUUGUUUGCUUUGUGGUGGUUCCGCGACAACGAUAAUGUAUUGCGUACAGUGCCUCUGAAACAUAAGAACUUAGGAUCGCCUGGGUUGAGUACUGCUUCAAACGCGACAAGGAUGCGAAUUGAGGGAAGCCGUUGA